AUGAAAAUUUUCUCGUUGGUGGUAGUUAUUAUUCAAGGGCAAUACGCCCCAACAGCAAGUGUGCCUGAUACGACAACGGGAGAGUUCCGAGAGGUUUCAUGCUGGCACUGUGAUGCUGUAAAUAUGACACAAUGCGAUAUGAUCGGGGAGAUGAAGCCGUGCUUAGGAGAGAAUGAUGUGUGCAUGAUUGAAGUGCGAAAGAGAGAAGGAGAGCUUGAACAGAUCUGCAUGGGCUGUAAAUCAAGACGAGCAUGCCUGGAUAACAAGAAGCAAAACGCGAGAGGACGAUGGCGAAAUCACCAAUGCCGACCUGAGCCCUGGUGGAAAAAAGCACCAUCUGUCUGUCGCCAGUGCUGCAACGAUUCUGAUAACUGUGCACGUGACUUUGUACUUCUUAACGAUGGCUUCGGUCCGUUCGACCAGUCAGAGUGGAAUGAAGAUCUUCUUCUGUGA